AGCCUGAGCCAGAGAGACGAGAAAGAUAAAGGAAAGACAGACGGAACGAUAGACUUGUGCGUAAAAAGUACUAGUGCCCCCUCUUUUCUUCUACUCCUUCUUCCUGUCCUUCCUCUUGUUCUUUCUCAAUUUCCAUCAGACAAAAAUCCCAACCGGCUGCUUGGAUGAACCAAAACCUAUCGAUCUGUCAGUACUACACCUGGAUUCACUGACCAGCGCGCAGCAGGCAUGUCCCGAAGGAAGCAGAGCAAUCCCAGGCAGAUCAAACGUCCUCUGGAGGAUGGCCUGGAGGAAGAGGAGGAGGAGUGUGUCUCUGAGGGGACCGAGCUCCUGACCAAAGAUGAGUUCUCGGCAGAGUUUGAGGCGGAGAACAUGGGCUGUGAAGACAUGGAGUACUUCUGCGGCAAAGGAGAGGAAGACGGCAACCGAGAGGCAGGGGACUCCGAGAUGGAGCCGAGCGAGAAGAGCCGGCAGGCUGCUGUGGGACCAGACGAAUGGGACGGGCCAAGAGAGUUAGACGUGUUUCUGAAAGAUGGAGAGCGGAGGAUCCACAGCAGGCAGCAGCUUCCCGUGGGCACGACGUGGGGGCCAUUCGAGGGCAAGAUAGAGAUGAAUACGGACACCAACGCACUGAAGACCAAGAGCACGGUCCCGGUGGUGCUGAGCGCCGGCCCCAGGUGGCUGCUGGAUGUGACUUGGCAGGGAGCAGAAGACAACAAAAACAACUGUGUGGUGUACAGCAAAGGUGGUCAGCUGUGGUGCACUACCACCAAGAACAUGAUGGAGGGUGAGGAGCUGGUGGCGUUUGCAGUGGAUUUUGACUCUCGGCUGCAGGCUGUGAACCACAUGUCUCUGAGCGAGGGCAUGUACCCAGCGCGCCUCUUGGACAGUAUCCAGCUCCUGCCACAGCAGGCUGCCAUGGCCUCCAUCCUACCCACUGCCAUCGUCAACAAGGACAUCUUCCCCUGUAAAGCCUGUGGAAUCUGGUUUCGGAGUGAGAGGAACUUACAGGCCCAUCUCAUGUACUACUGCAGCGGGCGGCAGAGGGAGCCAGAGACAGUGGUGGAGGACAAUGACACAGGGCCACACCAGACUCCCAGCACCUGUCCUUUUCCUCAGUGCAACAAGAGCUUCUCUGGAGCCCGUGCCCUGGAAAUACACUUGAGCACUGCACACAGUGGUGUCAAAAUGGAAGAGAGCCUCCCUCCUGGCACCAGCUUGAAAUGCACAAUCUGUAACUACACGGCAGAUUCUCUUAUUACAUUCCAGCAUCACAUCAUGUCUCACCUGUCACAGGCGGCCUUCAGAUGCAAUCACUGCCAUAUCAGCUUCCAGAGCCACAGGGAACUCUUACAGCAUCAGGACUUACACGGGCAUGGCAGCAAACUUCACAGAGAGGGCGAUGGCACAGAGCUGUCCCCCAGGGGGCCGGAGGAGAGCCUGCAGCAGGCCCGGGCUGAUCUGAACAGGAAGGACGCUCUGCUGGGGAGUCCCAAAGGGGGCCUCACCAAGGAGCCCAGCACAGACGGGGAGGCUGACAAAGCUGAGAAGAAGCCCAUGCUCUCUGCUCAGAAGGGAGAGGCCCACCCAGGCAGCAAGGCCAGUUUUUCUUACACUCGGAUCAAAUCUGAGCCCUCCAGCCCCCGACUGGCCUCCUCCCCUGUGCAGCAUAACAUGCCUACAUUUCCCAUGGGUCCAUUCUUGUCUCAGUUUGCUUUCUCCCAAGACAUUUCAGUAGUCCCACAGGCUUCUGAAAUUCUGGCAAAAAUGUCAGAGCUAGUUCACCGGAGGCUGCGCCACGGAGGGAACAGUUACCCCCCUGUCAUCUAUAGCCCUCUCAUGCCCAAAGGGGCCACCUGUUUCGAAUGCAAUAUCACUUUCAGUAACCUGGACAACUAUUUGGUUCACAAAAAGCACUACUGUAACAGCCGCUGGCAGCACAUGACAAAGUCUCCGGACUUUUCUGCCUUGUCCGAUAAGAUCCCUGAGGCAGUGAGCCCCAACAGUGGACACAGUUCUGUUAGCAUGUUAGCGGGCUGCCACCCAACAGAAACUGACAGCCAUCUGAUGCAGUCAGCCUGUCUAAACUCCAAUGUGCUGGACAUGAUCAAUGCAGGGAAAGGAGCAGAUAAGGAUCUAGCAGGACAGGUGAAGAAGGUCUCCACUCCGACAGGGACAGAAGACAGGCUCAAUGGCAAACCAUUGGAGGGAAAAAGCCCCAGUACGGGUUUAGUAGAUAGCGACAAUGACCCAAACAAAACAACUUGUGAAGCCUGCAAUAUCACUUUCAGUCGCCACGAGACCUUCAUGGUCCAUAAGCAGUACUAUUGUGCAACACGUCAUGACCCCCCCAUGAAACGCAUGUCUGCUAACAAGGUUCCAUCCAUGCAGAGGACCAUGAGGACCCGCAAACGCCGGAAAAUGUACGAGAUGUGUCUCCCUGACCAGGAGCACUCAAGACCUCCUAUUGGACAACCAGGUUUCCUGGGUGUUCCUCCAAUGAACCCUUGUACAUCCCAGGAAGCUGUAGACAACAUCACUGAUCGGUUCCACCCGCGCUGUGACCUGUUCCCCAGCAUGGUCCCCAAACACCUGGAGGCCUCUCUGACUGUCACGAAGCCUAUUCUUCCCACCAAAUGCAGUACAACAGAGCAGCAGGAAAUUGAUGCUCCAAUUGAUCUGAGCAAAAAGUGUUCACCAGGUUCUGACAAAACAUGCAUCUCCCCAAAAAGACUCUUGGAUUAUCAUGAAUGUGCGGUUUGCAAGAUAAGUUUUAAUAAAGUGGAGAACUACCUGGCACACAAACAAAACUUCUGUCCUGCUGGAGCUCAGCCACAACCGCCACAGCCACAAGCACACAAUGAGGCUGGCAGUCUCGACACAACUAUAUUUACAGAUGUGAAGAGUGAAGCCAAUAACAAUCCCGAUGACACAUUUGAUAAGAGCCCGGGCAAAUGUGAGAAGAAUGCCAAUGGAAAGGUGCUGGUGCAGAAUGGAAACAUGUUCCCCCCUCACCUGGGGCCUGUCCCAGGACUCAAGCCUUUUGCUGAACCCCAGCUCAUCUCUUCAAAGGAUGAGAACAAGAAUGUGUUUCUGCCUCACUGCCUUUAUCCUGGGGCAAUAAAAAAGGUUAAAGGUCCAGAGCAAAUAUCCCCUUAUUUUGGAAUAAAGCCCACUGAUUAUGGGUCUGCAGGGGGAGCAGGGCAGGGGGAGCUCAUGGAACAGGAGCAGAGUGUGAAUGGAGGCAGUACUACUGUUGGAGGGGACACAGGAACAACUCCCCAGCAACCUGCCUCCAACGGCUGCCCCCACCCUGGCAAAGAGCCUCUUCCUCUGAUGCCCAAAAAUCGCAGCAUGGUCAUUGUCAACGGGGGACACAAGCCAGAGGACUGUUCAGACACGGCUCCUCCACAGCAGGAGAACCAGCCUCAGCCUGAGGGCCAGCCCCCCAGUGCCUCUCCCACGUGGGCCAGUGAGAACCAGAGCGACACCAACGAGAACAUGUCCCCCUCCGCCAAGUCCCCGAGUGAGGAGGCAGUGCCCACCGUUAAUAAAGGCGUGAACGGAGCUGGGAGUGGAAAGUACUGCCGCCUCUGUGACAUCCAGUUCAACAAUCUGUCAAACUUUAUAACUCAUAAGAAGUUUUACUGUUCUUCACAUGCGGCAGAGCAUGUAAAAUAAGUGCAGAAGAACACAAACUGUUACCCUCCUUUGCCCUAAUAUUCCCUUGAACUUUGACUCCUUUUUCCUCUUUGUUUUGGUACACUGUUGUGUCUGAAAUAGUGCAUCAUGCAGUGCUAUCUGCUGCUUGUGGACAAUCAAGAGAAGCUUCUUCUUUCAUUGUUUUAAGACUUAAACAUGCAAAACCAUUGGUUAAAAAAGAAAGAAAAAUAAAUCAAGAAUACUAUUGGUGCCACUUUCACAUUAAUUUAUUUUACAAUCAGUAUUAAUAGGAGUAGUGAUCUUAAUUUAAAUUCAAAAUGAAAUUUAUAUCAGAGUUGUUUGUAAUGUUAUUGUAUAGUCAUUCUUGUGUAGCACACAUAUUGUUUACACUGUAUUGUAGGCUCAAUGAAACAAUAGACAAUACAAAAUGAGAUGCAUUUUAGACACAAAAUAGCUACUGAGGCACUUGUGUAUUCUUUUUUGCUGAACCACUUUCUGUAUAUGCCCAAAAUGUCACUAGCAGAUGUUACUAAUGACAUGUUACUGACAUGUUACAGCCUUCAGUAUCAGUCUGAGGGCGAUCAGGCACUACCCUGCACAUGACCUGGGGCAUAUACACUUGGCUUUGCAUACAUCUGUGGCUGUUUGUCCCUGUCUUUUUUCUUCAACUCAGAUGUGGAUGUUUUCAUGAGGAUGGCAGCAUUCUUGUAUAGUACUUGUAUUUCUGUUUGAUGAUACACUUUGGUCUCCCUUUUUGAAUUUUGCUCUCAAUGCAAUACUUUGUAAAUGAGGGAACAUUACUGAAAGCAGUAUUAUGAUGGGGACUGUGCAUAUAAUUAUUUGUAACCCCAAAGGGAAAAAAGAAUUUAAGUUUAUUGCUGGUGGACGGGUGGGAGGUCAGUGGGGAUACUGAUGUAAAAUGAUCAUUCCAAUGUCCUGACUGUGGGAGAAAAUGUUUCUUAAAACGUUGUUGCUAUGCAUGUAUAUGGAUGGAAUUAAAUUCCAGAUCUGUUGGAAAUUUUUAUUUUGAUGUGGUGUCAUAAUUAAACUUAAAUCCUCAGGAUAAACACAU